AUGAGGGGGCUCCGAUGCGGCUACCAGCUCCUGCCCGACCAGGACGAGGAGCUGCCCAUGGGAUGCGGGGACCCAGCUGGAGAGGGGCAGCGGGGCUGGGAGGGAGCCCCGGCAGCAGCCGAGGAGGAGCCGUGCAGGCUGGCGCUGAGCACACCCAGCAGCAUCCUGCGGGACAGGGAGAUCGAGGAGCUGAGCCCCCAGCUGCCCCCACGGCUGACGCAGCAGCCCUGGCACCUGCUCUACUCCACCGGGCGGGACGGCUUCAGCCUGCGGACGCUGUACCGGAGCGGGGCCCGGCCGGACUCCCCGGCCCUGCUGCUCAUCAGGGACACGGAGGCGCAGGCUUUCGGUGCCUUCUCCGCCAGCGCCAUUCGCAGCAGCAGCGGCUUCUACGGCACGGGGGAGACCUUCCUCUUCUCCUUCUGCCCCGAGCUGAAGGUGUUCAGGUGGACGGGCAAGAACGACUUCUUCCUGAAAGGGGAUGCGAAUCUGCUGAUGGUCGGUGGGGGCAGCGGAAGGUUUGGGCUGUGGCUGGAUGGGGACCUGCACCACGGGGGCAGCCAGCCCUGCGAGACUUUCGACAACGAGACCCUCUCACACCGGGAGGAGUUCUGCAUCCAGGAUCUGGAAAUGUGGGGUCUGGCCUGACCCCAGCAAAGACACCCAAGGAAAAGGUGCUGGAGAGAGGAUUCUCUGGACUGAUGUCUCAAGCACAGCUGUUCCCUGACAGCACCUGCAGAGCCUGCGGGAUGCUGCCAGCCUCACCCCCUGCUCCUUUCACCUGUUCCCAGUAAUAUCCCGAUUUCAUGGGGAAAGAACAGCCGGUGGGGGCAGCGUGAUUGGAAAAACAGCAGUGGGGUCUCAGGCCUGCAGCACUGCUGCCGUGUGGCUGGGGAGCCCAGAGUGUGCAUGGGCCCACAGUGGCAUAGCACAACUAACCCUAAACCUAACUACUCCUAGCCCCAACCCUAACCCCAAGCCCAGCCCCAAACCACCUGGCUGGGAUGAGGCAGAGCUGCCCCAGGAGGAGGGCACCUGGCAGAGCUGGGCACAGCAGGGCCCUACACGGAGAAGGAAGCUUCAAGAGCAGUGACAUUUUAGGACUGAGCAAGCCCAGGCAGCCUCUGCCCCCGGGGCUGGCUCUGGCAGUGCUGGAGACAGCACAGUCACAUUCCUCAAUAAACUUCUCCUGGCCUCAUCUUU